AUGCAAAGCAGUGAAGCUCGAUUCGAUGCGGACGGAGAUGCUGUGAUGCAAAACGUUCAGCAACCCGUGUUCGAGUUUGUUCAAGCACCCAGAUUGACAGACUGGAGUCAGGACGCAGUUGUCAGCUGGAAGAAGAGGUGGGAACAAUACGUGAGUAUUGUUCGCCAGCGUUGCACUGAGAGUGGGGAAAGACUGGAAGUUGCUCUGCGUCCGGUCAAGACUUGUGUUGACCCGGAACUGCUCGAAGUACUCUGCCUUUACGAACUCCGGAAGGCUGUCGACGAGGUGACGAGUGAAGAAUUGAUCGACCUCCGAGAGGAUGACAUUGACGCCCGAGUACUUAAAUACUACAAGGACUUCGCUACGCUCUAUAAGGAGAAUGGUCUUACGAAGAUUCUUGGUGUGGGUGAUCCUGCCGAUGGUGGCCGAAGAUGCUUCGAGACGACGUGCGUCGCCACGUAA